AUGGUGUUCACAGGCAAACCAUCGAGAGCGUGUGCUCAUUGCAGAAGAAGGAAGCUCCGAUGCGACCUUCGCAAGCAAGCAUGUGGUCAAUGUGUGAGAGCCGGACUCACGUGUUCCGGUUACCGUGACCCGAAUCAACUGAGGAUCCGAGACGAGAGCAAUUUGACGAGACAAAAGGUUCUCGAGAGUCGUCGAAUCAUCAGGUUGAAUGUACAGACCAUCGACUUAUCCAUUGAGGAGUUAGCAAGGGCCACCUUUUGCUCUCACUAUGUCAAUGGCCUGGCCAAAACCUAUGAUGUGCUCCAAAGCAUCGGCAAACAAUCCCCACUGGACAAACACCUGGCGGCCAGCCUUGAUGCCGCUAGCUUGGCCUUCUUCUAUUUCCGACACUACUCCACGGAUGCUGCACGGCGUGCACAGGAAAAGUACUUGUCAGCCUUGCCGCUAGUAAACAAGGCGCUGGGUUCCGCCGAUCUAGUUGCUCGUGAUUCGACGUUGCUGGCGGUACUCCUGCUGGACCUGUUCGAGAAGAUCAUGAAUAACAAUCCCCGGUCAUCAGAUUCAUGGAUGAGCCAUGUCAACGGUGCUUUGGCUCUCCUCAAGGUGCGAGACGUGCACCAAUUUCAAUCCUACGUCGGGCUCCGGCUUUCCGUACGUCUUUUCACAAACAUGCUCAUCAGCUGCGUCGCGGCAAAUGCUCCCAUUCCACCGGCUUUGGAUAAGCUCCGUCAGAAGCUUGACCCCUUGCUUGACCCCUUGGAUCCCAAGUGGCGAGUGUCGGGACUCGUGAUGGACUAUUCGAAUUUCCGUGGAGCGCUACAGACUGGCUGCCUCGCACCCUCGGACGUGGUUUUACAGGCAAAGAUUCUUGACGACAAGUUUCGUGUGCUUGCAGAACGCCUUCCUCCGUCGUGGAUUCGUCACAGUGUUCCGGGCUCGAAGCAGUCAGAUCGUGUCUUCGAACAGUACUAUGACGUCUAUCCGGAUUACUUCACAGCGCAGACCCGCAAUGUGAUUCGAAUGAUGAGGAUUCUUUUGCAUGAUACCAUUCGAUCGGCCUAUACGGAAUUGGCGACCUCUGACGACUACCCAUGUCUCGACCAACACAUUCGGUCCUCCGUCGAGAUGAUUGAUAGUUUGGCACAAGAGAUAUGCGCUCCCGGACCACAAUUUACGGCAGUUGAAAACGUCCGUGACAAGAUCGAUGACUUUUCGUCGGUGCGGAAAAUGCAUUAUUAUACCCUGCUGUUCCCCUUCUAUGUGGCUGGGCUGUUCGCGAGCCCGGAGAGCGGCAUCACGGAGUGGGUUGUUUCCCGACUAAGAUCGAUGGCGAGCACAUCAGGAAUCAAGAAUGCUCGUCUCGUCGCAGAUAUACUUACCGCAUCAGAAAAGCCUGCACCUUGGACGAUCUACGCCGUUUUGGGAAGUUAUGCCUUUGCGGCCUGA